AAAUUUAUGAAGUGUCCAUUCCAGAAACGGCUCCGAUUAACAUGCCAGUUAUUAGACUAAAAGUUAGCGACCCCAAUUUAGGGAAAUUUGCGUUGGUGUACUUGGAAGUGGUUGGUGGAAACGAAGGUGGAGAGUUCAGAAUAAAUCCGGAUUCGGGAAUGUUAUAUACACAAAAGCACCUUGAUGCCGAGAAAAAAUCGAGUUACACAUUAACCGUAUCUGCCAUUGAUCAAGCGGAUGUUGGGUCUCGAAAACAAUCAUCUGCUAAAGUAAAAAUUACUAUUGAUGAUAUGAAUGAUAAUGAUCCAAUAUUUGAAAACAUUAAUAGCACCAUUGAAAUAAGUGAAAAUGAAUUAGCCGGCCUUUUUGUGGUAAAGCUCAUAGCGAAAGACAAGGAUUCUGGUGAAAAUGCAUACAUAUCUUAUAGUAUAGCAAAUCUAAAUGAAGUUCCAUUUGAAAUUGACCACUUUUCUGGAGUUAUCAAGACAACAAAUCUAAUUGAUUAUGAAACAAUGCAAAGAAACUAUACACUGCUUGUGCGUGCGUCAGAUUGGGGACUACCGUACAGAAGGCAAACCGAAAUUGCCUUAGAUAUUAUUGUAAGAAAUAUCAAUGAUAAUAGGCCCCAAUUCGAGCGUGUUAAUUGUCACGGAAAAGUAUUUAAAUCGGCACCGAUUGGCUCUGAAGUAUUUACCAUUUCUGCAGUUGAUCUCGAUGUGGGCGAUGUAAUAUCAUAUCGGUCCAUAUCUGGAAAUGAAGAUGGUUGCUUUAACUUAGAUUCAAAUACUGGAACAAUAUCUAUUGGUUGCAAUUUGAUGGAUGUUGCUGUAAAUGAAAGAGUGCUUAAAGUAUCUGCCACAGAUGGCACUCAUUUUUCCGAUGAGCUGACUAUCAAUGUAAAUCUUGAUGAUGAUUUCGCCAGAGAUCUUAGCAAUAGUUUACAUGGCUACGGAACGUUUGAGUGUCGAGAAACUGGUGUAGCUAGAAGACUGGCAGAAACAUUAGCAUUGGCCGAGAAAAACAAUGUUAAGAAUGUAUCAUCUUUUGAAGUUAACGAUUUGGCACUAACGCCUAGUCGGUAUGGUCAAAACAUCCAUAGACCUGAAUUUGUAAAUUUUCCUCAAGAGCUCACCUUAAAUGAAAGUAUACAAUUGGGGACAACGGUAGCUGUAAUCGAGGCAAGAGACCGAGACUUGGGCUAUAAUGGAAAGCUCGUAUUUGCAAUUGCAGAUGGUGACUACGAUUCAGUGUUUCGCAUCGAUCCUGAUAGUGGAGAACUACAAAUUAUUGGAUAUCUGGAUAGGGAAAGGUUAAGUGAAUAUAUUUUAAACCUGACAGUCUAUGAUUUGGGUCAGCCGACGAAAUCAGAUUCAAAAAUUCUUCCUAUAACAAUAACAGAUGCAAACGAUAAUCCUCCGAUUUUACAAAAAUCGUUAGCUACACUUCGUCUUGCGGAAAAUGCGCCAAUAGGUACUAUAGUAUAUUGUCUACAUGCAACAGACGCAGACUUGGGUAUCAAUGCAGAAAUCAUUUAUACCCUAUUUAUCGAGUUCAAAGAAUUUAUUAUUAACAAAACAAGUGGAUGCAUUGUUCUUAAUGAAUUCUUAGAUAGAGAGCAGAACGAUAAAUAUGAGUUACAUAUUAUUGCAAAAGAUUUAGGAUAUCCUACAUUAUCAUCAGAAGCCGUGGUAUAUGUCUUAGUUGAUGAUGUUAAUGACAAUGCACCAAUUUUCGGAGUACAAGAUUAUAUUUUCAAAGUUCGCGAAGAUGUACCCAGAGGAACUGUCGUUGCUGUUAUUGAAGCCUUUGACAAAGAUAUGGGAAAAAGUGCAGAAAUUCUUUUCUCACUUAAAGAUGAUGCACAAGAGCAAAAUCUUUUUAAAAUUGAUAAACACACUGGCGCUAUACGCACAGAAGGUUAUUUAAAUUAUGAAAAUCGUCAGGUACACAACCUUGUUGUAAGCGCAAUAGACUGUGGAGUCCCAUCAUUAACAGUUGAUAUGCCCGUCAUAUUUGAAAUAAUUGAUGUAAAUGAAAAUCGAUAUGCCCCGGAAUUUGACGAUUUCAUUUAUGAGGGAAAAAUACAAGAGAAUAUGCCAAAGGGCACUUUAGUCAUGAAUGUUACCGCGCGGGACAUGGACUCAAUGGAUAUUAAUUCUAAAAUAUCAUAUUCUAUCACUGGUGGUGACGGGCUAGGUAUUUUUUCUGUUAAUAAACAAGGAUCUAUUCAGUCUCUAACCCAACUGGAUGCAGAAACCAAGAGUUUUUACUGGUUGACACUAUGCGCUCAGGAUAAUGCUAUCGUGCCUUUAACAAAUUGUGUUAUGGUUUAUAUCGAUGUUAAAAAUGAAAAUGAUAACAUUCCAUUGACAACCAAACCAGUCUAUUACGUAAAUGUCACAGAAGGUAGCUCUGGAAAACAUGAAAUUAUUCAUCUCAAAGCAACAGAUCCCGACAUUGAUCCUUCACAAACAAUUACCUACAGUAUUACAUCUGGAAAUCUGAUUGGGUAUUUCUCCAUAGAACCACACACAGGAAUUCUAAGAACUACAGAACGUAAACUUGACAGAGAGAAUCAAGCAGAACAUAUUUUAGAGGUAAGUUAACCCGUGAAUCAAUGAGAACAGAAAAUCCGAGA